AUGUCUAACCUUGCAAGAAGACGCAUCUUGGUCCAAUUGCUUCCUGUCUGUUUCCUGUUCCUGAUCCUCUGCAUUGUUCUGAGCCCUCUCCUUUACCAUGGUCUCUCACCCAAGUCUGUCCGCCAGUAUAAGCAGGCUCUCAAUGUCCUACCCAGAGCGGCGGACAUGCCUUUACCCUUAACACAGCUUGACACCAACACUAAUAGCACCCUCCACGCUCGAGUCCCAACACCAGAUACCUACGACGAUGCUGUGCGCAAGGGCGAGUUCAAAGCCAUGAUAUUGUCCACAGGAACCAUAUCCAGCAACAAUCAGUUGGAGUCACAAUUCACAAAGUUCAGCGAUCUCGAGACCCACGGCUGGCGCCACGUUACUGUGAGCAGUCAACCAUAUGAGGCACGAACCCAGCCUAUCAGGAAAUUGAUACGCGACCUUAUGAUGCAUUGGCGUGAAGGCAUCGGCAUGUCGAUCCAACCACCACCUCCAAAGAAACCCGGACAGGGUCGCAUCACUGGCGGACACGUCUCCUCCUACAAUAUCUACAACGGCAUCCUCAUCGCCUACAAUAGUCUCUCACCCUGGCAAACUAGGCAUCCCACCAAGGAAGACACUAAUCCUGCAGGCUACCCUGACCUGCACUACUGGUCCGACGUCUCCUAUCUGGUCUGGAUGCAGCAAUGCGAAGCCUAUCUCAAAGCCGAAAGCAAAGCGGCCGCAGCUUGUCAGCGUGGUCCCAGUAUCGUGGUGCAAUCAGGAAUCGACAAUCCACUGGUCACAGACUUCCUCUUCGAGAUCUCUCGCCGCUGGGGCAACCAACCUCCCAACCAAGCCGUCAUUCCAGCCUACGAGUUCCGCUAUAUCUUGAAACUCCAAGACGCGGUUUACAGAGAAAUGUACUUUGCUGCGCUCGGCACGGUACUGGGAAGUGGCGUCACACGCCUCUUCGUGAACCAUGUGCACGACUGGGGUGAGAAGCAGAUAAGCGAGAUUUGGAUCUAUAGUCAUCAGGACAGAGCCGAGCGGCUUGACAGGCGGGCAGCAAGGCCGACUGUUGUGUUCGGGAUUGAUCCUGUGGAGAAGCAGGGGCUCAGUCCCACGAGUAGUCAUGGGGAUGCGGAGCAGGAGAUUGAGGAAUCGGAUGGUGCUUUCCCUGCGCAUCGGCCGUCCGCCGCGGCGCAGGAUCCGUGGAAGUAA